UGCGAUUUCUUGUCAUGAAAUCGCAAGAGCGGGUCACUAGCUUAAUUUUCGUACGCGAGGAUUUCCCGCCAUAAGAAAUUGCUCGACGAAAUUCGACUCCAUGGGCGAAGUGAAUCGAUGGAAGGUGACCUUUACGAAGCACCUCAAGCAGAAGCGCAAAGUUUAUCACGACGGUUUCUUAGACAUCCACCGCUCCACCAAUAAGGCGUUGCUCUAUGAUGAAUGCGAGAAGCUCCUUGAAUGCAGGCUAUUAAAGCAAGAUGAAGUAAUUUGCUCCGGCGAAACGCUUAUAUUCAACAGUUACCUUGUUGACAUCGACACUCCUCAGGGAGAUCAUAAGCCCGAGUCUGGUCUGAACACCCAAGCAGGUGAUGAUGAGAUAUCCGAGAAACCUGGUGUGUUGCCAGGAAAAAACUUCCGAAAGAACUCUGGUUGCUUUGCAAGUGCGGAGAAGAAUAAAACUCGGACGACUCUCAGCCCUUCACAUAAAAUAAUCAGAGAAUUUAAGAAGAGCAGAUUAAAGUGCUAUGGAUCGCCACAAAGUAGUCCAGACACAAGAAAAACCGAGGAGACAGAGUGGCAGGUCCUUUACACCACAAAUAUUACUCAGAAAGCUAAGAAGUAUCAUGACGGUUUCUUGAAACUUUCUGUUUGUGGAUCCCUUGGGAGGCAGGUCAUGCUCUUUGAUGAAAACAGGAAAUUACUGGAUAGCAGAUUUAUUAAGAAAGAUGAAAUAGUAAAAUCUGGAGAAUCAGUAGCCUUUAAUGCUCAUUUAGUAGAAAUUGGAGAAUGUGAAAGAGACCAGAAGCCUCCUAAAAUUGCUUUAAAUCAAGGCAGCAAUUCUGGAGAUGGGGGAACCAGGAUACCGCAUGGACAGAAAAAAAAAAAUAACGAAAAUGAAAUAUCUACUGGAAAAGAAUGGCAUGUUCUGUACACUAGUCAGAUAACUCAAAAGUCUAAGAAAUAUCAGAAUGGAAUCAUCAGAAUUUCUUCCUCUGGUUCUCACCAUAUUCAGGUUACUUUACUAAAUGAAGAUAGAAUUAUAUUAAGCAGCAAACACAUUAGUUUAUCUAAAGAUUUGAUGAUGGGUAAUAUACUUGAGCUGCCAAAAUACUUGGUUGAGGUUGGUGAGGCAUGUGAAAGUGUUAAAGUAGAGCUCAGCAACAGAAAUUAUGAUUCAAGAAAAGACGCAAGCUUUUACAUUCCUGGCAAAUAUGAACAAGGAUUGGGCAGAGAGACUAUUAAAAAGCCUUUACGGGAUGCCCAUGAAAUAUUGUCCAUUCUUCAAAGGCCAAAGGCAAGAGUCAACCUUUCUUCAGGUCAUACUGAUGAAAGCAUUAGUGUAUCGGUUUCGUCAUACAAGGCUCCUGAACUUUCCAAUUUGGACGUACCGAAUGUUUCACUAGAUGAUCGAUCUCAUUACGAACCAAGUGGAAACGUGGACAUGAGGGAUUCAAUUAAGAAUGCAGAAACCAACCAAUCCAUUGUUCUUACUCAAUCAACAUUCACUGAUCCUGGCAGAACAUUGGCUGAAGAUGUUGAAAUUGAACACUCCAGCCAGCUUCUUCAGUCAGACAACGUGGAGAAUGAAAGUAGAUCUCUCAGAAAUUCAACUGCUGGGAUUCAAGGUUUGAUGGACUCUGCGGCUUGUGACCUUGUCAGUGAUGAAGUGAAAAUCUAUGAGGAGAACACAUGUAAAAGAAAAAUAGAUGCAUGCCCGAGUUUUGAUCUUGGAAUUUGAACUGGCCGAUUCAGAUUAACAAAUAUGAUGCGCCUACAAAGCAGGUCAGGAAAACUGCAUCUAAACUGUUUCCUCCUUAUUGUUGGAUAUUUUAUCACAUCAGUAAUGCAUCCCUGUAUAUGAAUCUAUUAGGAUCUCAAAUACACUAAACGAAACAAGAUAACUAUAUUGCAAUAUCAAGAGAUAGCUAAAGUAUCAA